AUGAACGACUUUGCUAAACACGGCACAAACGCGGAUGUAGACUGGACAUACGCGUCUGCCAACUCCGAAUUCAAAAGUUGCCAAGAAUCGAGCCAGAUGUCGUCAUUUCUCAGAGCUCUGAGUCUCCUCCGCGAAUCACAGCCUCUUUACAGAUCAGAAUUGUCUGGCGGGCUUGCUCUCACCUUGAUGGCCAGUUUCCCUCAACCAGGGCAGAGCAUUUCUUUGAACAAGACUAUUGAACUGUUGGGAGAUCUUUUCAACAUAUGGUUGACCGGCGCAAAGUCUGAGAACGCAUUGAUGCUCGACCCACGAUUAGAGCAAAGAUCUAGCCUGACGACGUCAAGCACCGCCCUCGAUUCUGUGAUUGUGUUGUAUCGUAAAAGCCACUUCUCGCCUGCACAAAGCGAUGCCAAACAUGUUGCACGCACCAACAGCCUCAUCGAUGCCCUCUGUUUGCGGUUCUUUCAUACACGCUACCGCCAGGACAUGGAUGAGGCGAUAUCUCUUUUUCCAGGAGUCAUCAAGAAUACCACGGAUAAAUCCUCGCUCCUCUGUUCAACGCUUGCUGCAGCUAUCGGCGCAAGAGUCUCUUUGAUGGUGCAAUCUGGGGCAAUCCCUCAGCCGACGUUUCGAUCGUCGAGAGAUGUUGAAGAUAUUGACGCAGCAAUCAAUAUAUUACAGGCAGCCCUGAAUAUGUUGUCUUCGAAUCAUCCGCAGCGACACGAGAUUAUUGGGAACUUGGCCAUUUCCCUUCACUCCCGAUUCAAGCAGACCUCGCACGACUCGGACCUCCAAAGCUGUAUAGCACUGUAUGAGCAGCUGGUCGAGGUGUUUCACACCGCACAUCCAGCACGACCCAGUCUAUUAUACAAUAUCGCUAGUGCCCUUUGGGCUCGUUUCAUGCAGAGGUCUACGGAGAACGAUCUCGACAAGGCGAUUUCAGUUCACAAGGAAGCCCUAUCGCCAUUUCGUGCAGCUCAUCCGCAUCGUUUGACUGCAUUGAACGACCUCGUAGGCGCGCUUUUGACGCGGUUCAAGCGGACCAGCCAGCAGCAUGACCUCGAGGAGGCGCUCUCACUUUCCCGAGAAGCCCUCAAACUCUGUCCUGCCACACAUGCCGCUCGUUCGGGCACACUGAACAACCUCGCGGCUGCGCUCUUGAAACGACUCAAGCAGACCGGCACUGUAGAUGAUCUCGAGGAGGCAAUUGUUCUUCUUCAAGAGGCCCUCCAUCUCUGCCCUUCAUCUCAUCCUGGUCGUUCCGGCACAUUGCAUAAUCUCGCGACUUCUCUGUCGAGACGCUUCAAACGGGGAGGUGAUGUAGGCGACCUGGAAAAGGCGAUCAGGCUUCAUCGAGAAGUGCUCGUGAUUUGCCCCGCGCCAGAUCCUACCCGUUUCAAGUCAUUGAACAACCUUGCGGUUGCACUUUGGAGGCGAUUCAAGCGAGCGGGUCGGGUGGAUGACCUUCGAGGUGCAGCCACUCAUCUCCGAGAUGGCCUUGGCCUAUGUGCCGUCCCGCACCUUCGUCGUCCAGCUGCGUUGAGCAAUCUGGCGAACGCAUUGCUCAUGCAAUUUCAGCAGACAAGCCAAGCGAACGACCUCGAUGAUGCAAUCUCACUGCUCCGAGCAGCUCUUGCGUUACGCCCGAUCCAACACUCUGAUCGCCCAGGGGCAUUGAACAACCCCGCGCGCGCACUAUCUAAACGGUUUGAACUGACUAGGCAGAUAGACAACCUCAAGGAAGCGAUCUCUUUACUACGGAAAGCUCUGCUAUGCCUACCAACACCACAUCCUGAUCGCUGCAUGUUUCUAACAACCCUCGCCUUUUACCUCUACGUGGAGCAUGGCCAAGGUCAAGGGUGUCUAGAUCACUCGACCCUGGACAUAGUCAUGUUUGUGUUUCGUAAUGCUGCAACUUACGAGCCUGCAUCCGUCCUCGAGCGUUUAAAGUCGGCCCGGAUGUGGGCACAGCACGCGGACGGUGCUGAUCACUCAUCUGCCCUGGAACCAUGCCAAACUGCUAUUGAUCUCCUCCCCCGUGCCGCGGCACUGUUGUCCGAUGUCGGAUCCCGCCGCCGACUAAAAAUCCUUAGACUCAUCAGCGAUGCUGCUGCUUGCGCCGUGCGCUUGGGUAGAUUUGAACAGGCCGUCGGAAUGCUCGAGAAAGGCAGAGCUGUGGGUUUCCCGCGGGCCUUCUAUGAUCGUACCCCCUCCCCAAAGUUGCGGAAUGUGUCCGGUAGUCUCGAUGCCGGAGGCGGGGCAUUCUGUCAACGUGAUGAGGAUGGCCGACCGACCUCGAAACGGAUUCGAAUUCUGGGAGACUUUGAAGGCUCUGUGCGUUCGACUCCGAUGGAGAGAGCGGUAGCGCAAGGACCGAUCGUCAUCCUGAACUCCAGCCAUUCCUCAUGUGAUGCGUUGGUAGUCACAUCAGGCGGCGUGAAGCAUGUGCCGCUUUCGGGAUCGUUGACUGGCCAGGAUAUAGCAGUCCUUGCCAUGUCCAUACAGAGCGCCACGUCAGCAAGCUUUGUUUCGCUACCGGAGAUCUGUCAAGGUCCUCUUGAAGUGCUUAUCGACAAGGCUACACGACGUCACGAAAUUGGUCUUGUCGGGCAAGCUCAGCGGCUCAAUCUAUCCGCAACCGCAGCUUUACAUAACUCCGAUGAUGUCUUCCAAGGUGUCUUAGCGAUACUGUGGGCAUUUGUCGUCAAGCCGGUGAUCCGCUGCCUGGGUCUUCAGGCAUGUUCAUUUUUAAAAAUCUUCACGGCUUGCAAUUCUCACUUUGAAUACCUACACGCAUCUACCCCACGCAUAUGGUGGUACCCAACCGAUCCGUUCGCUUUUCUCCCUGUCCAUGCAGCUGGCAUAUAUGAUCCUUGUAUGGGCAACAUUGAAAGUAUCUCAGAAUUCAUGGUGUCAUCGUAUACACCUACCCUGCAGUUGCUCGAUCCUGCACAGACAGUGGAUGCGCAUCCUCUCAAGGUGCUAGUAGUUAUGCUUGAAAGCCGAUACGCGUCGGUUUCCAGCACCUGCGACGAGAUACGCACAAUAGAGAAACAUGUCUCUGCGACUUUUCUGAUCAGAUCCGGUACUGAGCAAGAUGCUCUUACAUCUCCUCGGGGGCUCCUCGAUUGCCCUCCUGAUGCCACCAUUGCUCACUUCGCAUACCAUGGCACCCACGACUUGGUUGACGGGCUAGAGAAUGCAUCGUCUCUCGAUAACAGUCCCUUGCGCGCAUCCCAAAUCAUACCACAGCCCCUCCUGAAGGCUCCAUUGGCGCUUCUGACUGCAUGCCAGCCCAUCAUGGAGAGCGAAAAACUUCCAGGUGAAACGAUAAACCUUGCGACGACAUUGUUGUCGUCCGGAUUCCGCGGAGUAGUGGCUCCGAUGUGGACAAUUCAUGAAGAUCGUCUUCAGAUUUUAGGCAGCUUCUAUGGACGGCUGUUCAGAGGUGAUGAAAUCGGUUCUGACACUGGUACUACGAAAGUUGCUCGAGCACUCCACCUCGCUAUCAACGAUCUACGUUCCCGACACAACAAUAGACCCUUUGUGCGGUGGGUGCCGUUUGCGCACUACGGGAUGCAAACGAUCAGACAAGGCUGUAGGGCUGUCAAACCUUCAAACGGUCACUGUGUGUUGGUCCGCGUCGCAGAAGAGUUCCAAGAGACUCGGCAUUCGGACAUGUUCAAAGAAAUGCGCGCUUCAGCGGUGCCGGGACUCCUCUUUGAAUUCACAGCGCAACAGCAGCGUGAUCAUCAGCAUCUUCCGCGGGAUAGCAUCGGCAAUAUGGCCUGA